AUGGCAGUUCCAGUCGGGAGCAUCAAUGACAACACAACAAUGUCUCAUCACUCCACUUCCGCUAAAAUUCAAUCGUGUUCCAAUGACUUCAAGAGAGAGCUCCAUUUUCGCAUCGUGCCCAUAAUUUUCAAGCGUACUCCUGCUCAGCAAGUGCCUCUUCAUCUUCUAGGCAUACCUGGGAACAUCAAAUUGGCUGAUCCAGAAUUCCACAAGCCAGCAGCAGUGGAUCUCAUCAUCGGAUCAGGUACCUCGUUGGCAGCUCUCAGUGGAGGUCAAAUCAAGUUGUCCUCAACGCAAGACUCAGACCUCAUUCUCCAAAAAACUGUGUUCGGUUGGAUCAUCGGUGGCAACGUGCCGGGCAGCAAUGCCCACGUUGCAAGGUGCAAUCAUCUGUGUCUCCUGGACGAAGUGAAACGGUUCUGGGAAAUUGAAGAUGGGCUUCAAUCUCACGAGCCGUCGGAACAGGAGAAUCUGUGUGAGGAACACUUCCUCAAUCAUGUGACGAGGAAUGAGGAAGGGCGAUAUGUGGUCGCUCUCCCAUUCAACAACAAGAUGCACCAACUCGGCUCCUCUCGCAGGCAAGCUGAACAAAGACUCUACGGGCUGGAGAGACGUUUCAAGCAGAAUCCAGAUUUCAAACGGCAAUACUCCGCAGUAUUAGAAGAGUACAUGCAACUGGGGCACAUGAAGAAGGUGGAAGACGAGAUAGAAGAGGGCUUGUAUCUCCCACAUCAUUCAGUGAUCAAAGAAACCAGCCUUACUACUAAGGUUCGUGUGGUGUUUGACGCUUCCGCUGCCUCCAGCACCAAGGUGUCUCUCAACAAUGCGCUCAUGGUCGGGCCGACUAUUCACGAUGACAUAUUCUCCCUCAUCUUGCGAUUCAGGUUUCACAACUACGUUUUAACGGGAGACAUCGAGAAAAUGUACCGUCAAGUACUGGUACGCCCUGAUGAUCGCAAGUACCAGAGAAUCCUAUGGAGAGACGACAAUGAUCAGGUAGCGGCCUAUGAACUCCAGACAGUCACCUUCGGAGUAGCUUCUGCGCCUUACCUGGCUGUCAGAUGCCUCCAACAACUGGCCGACGAUGAACGAGAGAGGUAUCCAAUUGCCUCAACGGUCUUAAAACGAGACCUCUACGUGGACGAUGUGCCCACCGGUGCAGACACUCUUGGAGAAGCAGUGCAGCUUCGUGAUGAUUUGAUCUCUCUCCUAAAGUGUGGUGGUUUCAAUCUUCGUCAGUGUGCUUCAAAUCAUCCAGAGCUUCUUCAAGGACUCCCGGACUCCACUGUCAACCUUCAAUUGCUCAAUGGAGACAACUCAACGUUGAAAACAUUGGGUGUACGAUGGAAUUUCAACCGUGAUGAAGUCAUUUAUUCAGUGUGUCCCAUCGCUACAAAGGACAAGACAACGAUGAGAACAAUUUCAUCAGACGUCGCGAGGAUAUUUGAUCCUCUUGGAUUACUCAAUCCAGUGGUGGUCCAGGCAAAGCUCAUCAAGCAGGAUCUGUGGCGUCUCAACCUCAAUUGGGAUGAAUCUGUGCCGAAGGACGUUCAAACGAGAUGGCAAGAGUUUGCCCAUGAACUUCCUCUUCUCAACGACCUUGCGUUCAAACGUAAGGUUCUGCAAGAUAGUGUCAAGGACGUCCAAUUACACGGAUUCUGUGAUGCGAGCCAGAAGGCUUACGGUGCGUGCAUUUACGUCAGGACUACUUCCAGUGACAACCGUGUGGACUCUCAACUGCUGUGUGCAAAAUUGCGCGUGACUCCGUUGAAAAACAUUCAAACGAUACCGCGACUUGAACUGUGUGCCGCGCUGUUACUCGCGCAAAUGUAUUCGACCGUGUGUCAAACCAUCAAUGUGAAUAUUGAUCGUGUUGUGUUCUGGACAGAUUCGUCCACUGUGCUGCAUUGGGUCAACACUAGAUCUGAAUCACUGAAAACUUUCAUGAAAAACAGAGUGACACAGAUUCAAGAAAGGACCAACGCUAGAGAUUGGAGACACGUCCGAACGCACGAGAACCCUGCCGACGCCAUCUUCAGGGGACAAUCACCUUCCGAGUUCCUGAAGAAUCAUCUCUGGGUGAGUGGACCACCAUGGCUCACCGGGGGAGAGAAGGAGUGGCCUUCUCUACCACUAUCGUUCCCUAAUCAAGUGCCAGAGACUCGCAAACAGACUUGUCUCACCACCGUGGGGUACAAGAUUUCUAAGUGUCGUCUCAUUGAACUCUUCACGAGACAUUCAUCCAUCAUCAAGAUCCAGAAAAUCAUCGCUCGGAUUUUACGCUGGAGAGUCCAUAAGGAAGAUCGUCCCAAGGAGAAGUUCAUCUCAGCCGCAGAGAUCCAACGUGCCUUCAUUCCUACCAUGAGGCUGAUUCAAGGUGAUCAUUUCAAGAAGGAGUUGGCUGAUCUCAAGGACAUCAAAUCAGUCAAGUCAAUUAGUCCACUGCUCCAGCUGAAUCCUUUCAUCGACUCUGAUGGUCUAAUCAGAGUGGGAGGCAGAAUUCAACGUUCUGAUUUACCAUUCAAUCAGAAACACCCUCUCGUGCUACCCAAAAAUUCUGCUGCUACGCGAUUGAUUAUCGAAUGGGAACAUCGCAACUGCCUACACGCUGGAAUCCAGAGCACCCUUUACAGCAUCCGCGAACGCUUUUGGUUGUUGGAUGGAAAAAACCGAGUUCGCCAAGUCAUCAAAAGUUGUCACCGAUGCAUCCGUGCUAAACCUCCUGAUGUUGAAUAUCAGAUGGGCGUACUACCGAGAGAAAGGGUGACAGCAACACGACCAUUCUACAAUACCGGUGUGGACUACUGUGAUCCAUUUUUCGUGAAGGAGAAGAAGCUCCGCAAUCGUGGCCGAAUCAAGGCCUAG